AUGGCAGCCCAGGUUGAGCACCAAGAGCAACACAGAAGGGCAUCUCAGCGUGUACUUUUGAAGUUUGGAGGUACUUCGGUUGGGAAGUUUUCGCAAGAAAUUGCCAGGAUCGCCUUAUCAAGCCUCUCUCAAAACCACAAUAUCGCCAUCGUCUGCUCCGCUAGGAGUGGUAAGUCCAAAGCCGAGGGUACUACUAAUCGCCUUUUGAAAGCUGCCCGAGAGGCAGUCAAACCAAAUUCAACUGGCCAUCGCGCCAUUGUCUCAGGUAUUCUGCAUGAGCACCUCAACACAGCGAAAUUCAAAAACCCAGAGAUCGAAGAAAGAUUAAAGCGGGACAUAUCUGCCGAAUGUAAUGCACUUGAAAAGCUGCUCGACUCGCUGCCGAAGAGGGAAGAUGUGCCUCCCGAGGCCGAGGACAAGAUCCUAAGUGUAGGGGAGAAGCUCAGUGCUCAAUAUCUAACGGCGCUUCUGGAAGAUCAUGGGAUACGGGCUCAAUAUCUUGAUUUGUCUGAUGUGAUUGAACCAGAUCUAGCGCCGUCGUUUAAUCAAGAAUUCUACCGAGAGGUCGCUCAUGCGAUAAGUCGGAGGAUUGAGCUCUGUGGUGACAAGGUACCGGUUUUAACCGGGUACUUCGGUCCUUUACCAGGAGGUUUGCUCAAGCAAUUAGGACGUGGGUACUCCGAUCUGUGCGCUGCGCUAGCUGCUGUCGGAACGAAAGCGAAGGAGCUACAGGUCUGGAAAGAAGUUUCAGGCGUCUACACUGCCUUCUACGGUUCUGAAGUAAUCCAUCAUUUCACAGUAGAGCAAUGUCUCCCUUCAAUCCCAAUCCGCAUCAAGAACGUCCUCGCGCCUCAAAGCCCCGGCACCCUUAUCACUCCAUCCUCCCAAGCCAACCUACAAUCCCAUCCCAAGCGCCCAACGGCCGUAACAGUGAAGCACCAAAUCACCGUCGUCAACGUCCACUCCCACCGCAAAGUCGAAGACGCAGAUUUCCUCGCGCAGAUCUGCAAGAUCCUUGCUUCUUGGUCACUGAACAUCGAUCUUUUCGAAAAGAACCAGUUCCAUAUCAGUCUCGCGGUGCACUCUAAGAUGCCAAUUAUCAAAGGUCCCGAGGACCGAGGCGGAGAACAGGAUGCAGAAGACCUGUUGAAUCAGCACAAGGACUUGCAACAUGCGAUUGAAGAGUUGAGUGAAGUAUGGGAGUGUGGACGUGGUGAAGAAUAUGGCUAUCAUCAGCUUGGCGCGAGUGAGAUCAGCAUCUCGUGCGUGAUCGCGGAGCGAGAAGCUCUCCGUGCUCUGAACGUGGUGCAUACGGAUCUGUUCACCUUUCUCGACUAG